AUGGCCGCCCGCUCCGUACACUGACCUGUCAAUGAUGAUGUUUGGGCGCUUCGUGGUGCCGUAGCCAAGAUGGCGGCCCCCAGUCUUUGCAGGUAGCUGGAUGUUGUAAGCACUUCUAUGGACAUAGGGGCUACCUCUCCCCUGGUGAUGCCUGGGGCUCCAUGUGGCCCGGAGGGCUCGUUCUCCCGAUGGAAGGCGCAGGCCUUGGGAAAGGCUGAUCUCAGCAAGAAAGGCAGCGUGGACCAGGAGAUCGCGGAGACCGUGCGAGUUAUCAACCUGCGAGAGGGUUACUUCACCACCAGCUCGUGCUCGGGCAGGAUCAUCCUGAUAGACGAGACCCAGGAUGGCUCCGCGGUGCAGAAGCAGAACUGUUCCUGGCUGUUUGUGACGCAUCAGCUCUGCGCUCUCGACGAUCUGCUGCCGGCGCUCCACAAAGCUGCCGGGGACGCCGUGCUCAAGUUCGAACCGUUCGUCCUUCACGUCCAGUGCCGUACGCUGGAGGACGCGCAGCUCCUGCAUAACGUUGCCAUAGAUUCCGGCUUCAGGAAUUCGGGAAUAACCGUUGGCAAGAAAGGAAAAAUUAUCAUGGCCGUGAGAAGCACCCAUUGCCUGGAAGUCCCGCUAAGCCACAAGGGGAAGUGUUUGGUGAGCGGUGACUACGUCGGGUACGUCGUACAGACCGCUAAUCAGAAGAUGGAAGAGAAUUUCCGGAGGAUCGCCAGGUUUCACGGCUCUCUUUUGAAUGCUUUACGAAGAAAAGAUUGCGCCCGCGAUGGGGUCUGCGAGGAGGAAGCGCCAAGCGGCGUCUACACUCGCAGGAGGAGGAGGAAUAAAGGAGAAAGCAGCCGGUCUGAAGACGCGGAGUCUGAGGAUGCAGGGGGGGUCUCUUAUUUAAUGAUUUAGAGGAGUUAUGUCUGGAGAAUUAAAUCCCGGAUUUACUCCCAAAUCUGUGCAUUAACGACCAUUUCAGACCAUUUCUCACCAAAAAUAAUAGUUAUGUUUCCACGGCGCUAGAUUGUGAUACUCUGUCCAAACACACAAACAUUCUGGGGGA